CGAUAUUGACAGUUCUCCCUUUCCUUCCAAAACCUCAAAAAUAGUAGAGACCAAAGUGAAAAUUGAAAAAUAUUCCAAAUUACAUAGUUUAAAUUUUGAUCAUAUGAUAAUUUCAAAGCGGAUUCAUGCAUAAAGACAUGGCAGGAUUGGAACAAUAUGAAAGGUAUCUGGAAGACGAUGAAGAUCAGUUAGAUAAUGUAUCUCGCUUGCAUGCAUCCCUUAAAUCACCUCUCGAGACCACACAUUAUCAGUUCAUAAAUUCCGAAAGAGACUUGACACUGCCUUUGCAGAAACAUAAAAAUGUGCAUCAAAUCUACGAGAGUCCAGAUGACGAAAUUUCAUUGCGAAAGUACCUAGGAGCUAGCGUUAAUCUGAUAAGUUUAAUAACAGAAAACUUGCUUUGCCACCCGUUUCUGGUGCUUCGUCGUCAAUGUCAAGUUCAUCAUAGCUCUAUUAAGUAUCACAUUGUGCCGUUGACGUUAGUUCCGGUGAUUGUUCACCUGCAUCAGCGGCAGGGCGUUACUACAUUGUGGAAGGGGGUUGGUAGCAUUCUGUUGGUGCGAGGAAUGACCUUGGCUGUCGAGGAUAUCAUCUCGAAAUUUACGCCUUGGCCAAAGGAGGUUAACUCAAAAACUACAUUGAAACAGUUCGGGCAACAUCUGCUGUUAAAAUGCAUAAGUUUAGCCACUAUUGUGCCCUUUUAUUCAGCAUCAUUGGUUGAAACUGUUCAAAGUGAUAUAGCAAGUGAAAAACCGGGUAUAUUCGAUGUGUUUCGAGAAGGAGCUAGCCGAUUACUUUCCUGGAGCGUGCCACAGAAAGGUCGGAUGCUUCCAAUUUGGGCUUUAGUUGGUCCUAGUAUAUCACUGGGAAUAUCCAAGUACAUUUGCCAAUUGUUCGUGCGUGGAAUAUCCACACGCAUUAUGUGUCGGCGAGUAACUUUUUUCGACGAGAAGCGAGGUGCGCGACCACGCGAUUUCGCUGCCCAAAGUCAAGUCAUCGAGGUUUAUUCUACGAUGAUUUCACUGAUGACAACCGAAGUGAUUUUCUAUCCAUUCGAAACAAUUCUACAUCGAAUUCAGUUACAAGGAACGCGUACUAUUAUAGAUAAUUUGGAUUCUGGAUACUCAGUUGUACCGAUCUUGACUAGUUAUGAAGGGGUUGUAGACUGUUACCGCCAAACGAUUGCCACAGAAGGUGUUUCUGGUUUGUACAAAGGAUUCGGAGCAAUGUUGUUGCAAUUUGCAGCUCACGUUGCUGUAAUCAAGCUCGGCAAAUGGAUCAUCACGCAGAUAUCGGAAAUAAUGUCCAACAAGCCACCACCCAAAGUAGCAGAGUUUUAUAACCUGGAAGGUAAACAGUCCGGAGGUUCGGUUAGCAUGUCAAGAAGCAUCAGUGGAAUAAGUUCACUAAGCGAUGAACUUUCUUAGUUUCCAAAUUCACUCAUUUUGUUAGCGAACUAAAAACUUGUUCAGUACGCAAAUUUAGUUUGGUUUUAAUCAUUAUGGUAUCACCUGUGAUAUAGUCAUUUUGACAUAACUUUUCAACCACAGUUUGUUUAAUGUGUACAAUGAUUUUCUCGAUUAUUUCCUUUGCAAACACAUUUUACUCUUUAAACGUAAAUGAUUAAAAUAGUAGGAACAUUA